ACCCCGCGCCCCCUGUCUCCGGCCCUGCUCGCGCGGCUGGGCACUGAGACAGCCCCCUCCUACCCGCUGAACUAAACUUACCCUUCACGGGGAAAAAACGAAGAAACUGCAAUACCCGCGAAUAUCCGAGACACUGUUGGAAACCGAGGAACUUUUAAAAACCACCCCGAGGUGUUUGGCCCGCGGAGGGGUGAAGCACGGGCCGGCCGGAACAGAAAGUAGGAUGUGGGUCUGGUACCUCCUGCUCGGGUCGGGAACGGGCACCAGCUCGGUCGAGAGCCAGCUUCUCCCUGGGAAUAACUUCACCACUGAAUGUAAUAUCCCAGGAAACUUCAUGUGUGGCAAUGGCUUGUGUAUCCCUGGAAGCUGGCAGUGUGACAGUUUCCCCGACUGCUUCGACAAGAGCGACGAGAAGGGUUGCCCGAAGGUGAAGUCCAAAUGCGCCCCCACGUUCUUCGGCUGCGCUAAUGGCGUCCACUGCAUUAUCGGUCGCUUCCGCUGCAACGGCUUCCGUGACUGCCCUGACGGCAGCGACGAGGACAACUGCACAGGUAAUCCUCUGGUGUGCUCAGCGGCUCGGUUUCACUGCAGGAACGGCCGAUGUGUGGAUCGAAGUUUCCUCUGUAAUGGCCAAGACAACUGCCAGGACAACAGUGAUGAAGAGAACUGCCUUUCCACAGCAGAAUCUCCAGGUCAGGAUUUUGUGACGUUGGACUACCGGUUGCGUUACUACCCCAGCAUCACCUACGCCGUCAUAGGCAGCGCCAUUAUCUUCGUCCUGGUGGUGGCGCUGUUGGCCCUGGUGCUGCACCACCAGAGGAAACGGAGUGUGUUAUUGCCCCGCAGCGGAAGCCACCCUCACUCUCACCAGCCACUGCUGCUCUCCCGGCUGGUGAUCGUGGACAGAGGACCUCAGUCCUCCUCUCCAUCAGCACACUUCAGCUCAGCACAUAGCCUCCAGCUGCUCACCAGCUCGCUCUACCCCCAAGGAGCCCCGCUCGAGUCGCCACCCUCGUACUCACAGGCAGUGCUGGAUGUCAGUCGACCACCGUGGUUUGACCUCCCGCCUCCUCCAUACCUUCCUGACAGCGAGGCUGCCUGUGGAUCACAGCCACCUGUUUAUGAAGCAUCCACACGAGCAAGUCAGCCUCCUGCAGUCAGAUCUGAGAGAGCACAAGUACACGGCCUCAAUCCCACAGCCAGAUGUGGAGCAGCACAGCCUCAAACCCUCAGUUCAGCUUCCAGCUCUGUAGUGGAGUCUCAGCAGCUAUAGCUGUCCACAGAGGGGUCACAGAGACACUUGUAUAUAGGACAAAGAGACAAGUAUGGGACUCACUGUGUGGGAAGGAAAUAGACGGAUGAGUGGCACAGCACUACAUUUGGAAUAUCGCUAAAGGACACUGCCAGAAAUUGUUUGGUUUUUUUUUUAUUCUCGUGCAGUUUCCUGAGUGGAAAGUGCCAUCUUCUGGGGAAAACAUGACAUGAAUUUGCUACAGUUGAAAAGACAGUGUACAGAGUGAGAAAUCUACUUCACCUCUGAGACAUGACUCUAGUAUACAAGACUGAUGUAGACGUUGCAUUAAUGAUGCAGACACCAAACAAAUAGCACUCGAGUACUACAGGACGAAAACCUGUUUUCAGCUGUUCUUUAUUAAUAGUUAUUUCUUUCGGUGUUUCUCUUUCAUCCAAUGCUUUAUAAUAUUCUGAAAAAUCACUAUGCAAAGUGAAGAUGUAAGAUAUUGAACUUAAAAAAAAAGACAUAUGGUGUGUAAAGAAUCAAAGUCCUAUCCUUUUCUCAUCAUUAAAGCACUUAUUAAUUUAUCCUGUUA